AUGGGCGCCACGGUCUCUCAGCUCUGGGCUCCACCCCCAAUCACAGUUGGCUUAAUCGGUCUUCGCUCAGCAGGAAAAACAACCAUCGUGCAUAAGUUAAGCGGAAACUCAGAUCCGGUGAAGCCAUCCAUUGAGACUAUCGAAAUCACACCCGUGUUCCAGGGAAACCAACAGUUUAAGCUCUUCGACUACGCUGGAAACCGUAACUGGAGACCUUGCUGGAGAAGUUUCAUGUCCAGACUACAAGCCGUUGUGUUUGCCAUCGACAGCACGGACAAGGAUGCGCUGCCCGAAGUCAAAAUGGAAUUGGCUGGGUUGUUGAAGGAGGAUAUGCUCGAGCAACAACCAUUUUUGGUCCUCGCGAACAAGCAGGACGAUCCGGUGAGGGAAGCAUCUUGA